AUCUCGGAGCCGAACUACAAAAAAUGGAGUCGACUCUUUCGUCUCCUUGUUCUUCGAUUCAAUCUCAUGGGAUACCUUGACGGCACUAUCGUCGCCAAAUCGGCUGACGAUGCCGAGUGGUACCAAUUCGACGCUCUACUUCAAGGAUGGAUCUUGUCUACCGUCUCCGACGAGGUCUCCGAUCUCGUCCUCGCCAACAGCCCCACCGCCUCGGCACUAUGGAAAGCUAUCUACAAAUUAUUUCAUGACAACAAGCAUGCCCGGGCGAUGCAAUUGGAGCAUCGGUUCCGCACAACCGUCAAAGGAACCAAGACAAUCAAUGAAUAUUGUCAUACUUUCAAAAAUCUUGCCGACUACCUUGACGACGUGGAUGCUCCGGUUACCGAACACGCCCUUGUCCUACAAGUUCUUCAAGGCUUGCCGCAUGAUAUCCGGGCCCAGGUUUAUUUUUUGCAGUAUCAAAACCUGUUCCCGACAUUCUUGCAAGUCCGAUCGGCCCUCCUCUUGGUCGAACAACAGCAGGCCGACGCCCUCCCCAACGCCGGCCCGUCCACCGCUCUUCUCAGUUUCGACGGCGGCGGCGGCAGCCACACGGCAGGCAGGGGGCAGUCACGACAGGGCAGCAGCGGGCAAAACUCCGGGCGCGGCAGUUUCAGCGGAUCAAAUCGGGCUCGCGAUGCAAAUGCUGAGGUAACUAUUUGCAUCCAUUGUAAAACCGAUUCAAAAGCCCCUUCCCAGAUGUGGCGCCAAUUCUGGGAAGGAGCAUUUGCAUCGGUUAUUAGCUAACAACCGAUGCAAAUGCUCCUUCCCAGAGGAUUUUUUGUUGCUAUCUCUUCAAAAGGAAACUCAAAAUUUCGGCCGAUCUUCUCUCUCGAUUCAAUUAUGGCUUCUCUUCGUCGCCAAAGGAAAUUUGAAUGUGUUGUAUCUUUUCAUCCUAACCUCUCUCUUCAUUUAGAUCUAAAAUACCCCAAAUUGAGAUUCAAAAAUCAAAAUCGAGAUUCAUUGGCUCUAUAAUCACUGCUAAUAGUAAUUGGUAU